GAUCAGCACCUCGCAGUCAACGCACACCACGCCUAUUCUUGAGUUGUCUUCGGUCUCUGUGAUCGAGGUGACCUGGCCUAGGUUGAACAUUGUGCAGCAGAUCGAGAACUAAAGGCAACAUAUCCUUUUCUCAAACGCAUCGUUUAUUCAUCUCGUCAUAGUUCUUGUCUCCCAAGACACAAUGGCAAUGACCGGGCUUUCAGACCGGCUGAGCGGGACGGCGCUCAUCACUGCCAUCACCAUCGUCAAUGCUUGCUCCAUGGCAUGGUUUGGUUACGACCAGGGAGUCUUUUCCGGAGUUCUCAUCUCGGCCGACUUCAAGAAGCACUUUCCCGAGACCAGCGACCCAAACAUCUCUGGAAUUACUUCUAGCUGCUUCUCUCUAGGAGCUUUCUUCGGUGCCAUCACUGCCUUCACUGCAGGCGACAAGCUCGGUCGAAAGAAAACGGUGGCCCUCGGCCUGCUCUGCAAUGCGGUCGGCGCGAUUCUACAAAUUACCUCUUGGCACCUCCCCCAAAUGAUCAUUGGCCGAGUAAUCAACGGGUUCGGCAUGGGAUUGACAUCUUCGACUUGCCCUGUCUUUCAGGCCGAGUGCUCGAAGCCUCGCCACCGCGGAAAGCUCGUCGUUGUUGGGUCGCUCUCCAACACUGCCGCCUUUUGUCUCGCUAAUUGGAUGAACUACGGUCUGUAUUUCCAGGGAAGCGCACUCCAGUGGCGAUUCCCUCUCGCUUUCCAGCUCAUCUUCCCGAUUGUUGUCUCCAUCGCUCUGCUCUUCGUCCCCGAGUCUCCUAGAUGGCUUCUGUUGAAGGACCGACACGAGGAGGCCCUGAGUGUUCUGGCGCGACUAGAAGGCAAAGGAAAGACCAUCGAUGACCCCGAUGUAACGGCCCACUUUCUUUCUAUCCGCUCUGCCGUCGACAUGGAGAGGAAAGAUCGGGUCCCUGUCAUGGACAUGCUCCGCUGCCGCGACAAGACCCAGAACCUUCGAAGACUUCUGCUUUCAUGUGGCACGCAGUUUAUGCAACAAUUCAGCGGCGUCAAUGCCCUGGGAUACUAUUUGCCUACCCUCCUGCAGCAAAGUGUCGGUCUUAGUGAGCAAGAGAGCCGCCUGAUGACUGGUGUCAACGGAACCGUCUACCUUGGUGCCGCUUUCUGCUGUCUCCUGAUUAUUGAUCGCUUUGGAAGACGAAAGAUGAUGUUGUAUGGAUCGGUGACCAUGGGUUCGUGCUAUCUUGUUGCCGCUCUCUGCUUGAAGACCGCCGAGGAGGACCCUUCUCGAGAACAGUUGCUGGGCCGAGUUACCACGGCAAUGUUCUUCAUGUACUACUUCUUCUACGGAACCAGCUUUGCCAAGGUCCCGUGGGUCUACAACUCGGAAAUCAACUCUCUCGGCUGGCGAACUCGCGGUGCUGCUGCUGCGACUGCGACCAACUGGAUGGGUGGUUUUAUCGUGACCCAGUUCACAAAGAUUGGAGUCAACAACCUUCACUGGAAAUUCUACCUGAUUUAUGUCAUUCUUUGCUGGGCCUACUUCCCCGUGGUUUUUUGCCUCUACCCAGAAACCUCGCGCCGAACUCUUGAGGACAUGGACGAGAUCUUUAUUCAGAACCCGUCGCUGAUUGUGUGCGGCAAGCCGGCGUUGACUCAGCGCGAGCGGCCACAAGCCUUUAUCGACGCUGAGGCGACUCGCAUUGCUAACGCUGCGGAUACAAAGUUGGGAAAUGAUGGACUGAAAGAGUCGGGAACUUCACACUACGAACGUGUCUAAUUAGUUGAUUACUGACCGUUAAUGUCGAGUAGACUCCGGUUGCUUGGUCGGAAGGAUGUGAUACACGUGCAUCUCACGAUUGUAGCGCAGGUACAUAUCUUGC